AAUCUUAAAAUUACUUUUCAGAAAUAAAAAAAACAGAUAUAAUUGAUAUUUUUUUAGAAAUAAAUUUGAAAAAGCAAUAUAUAAAAGAUUUUGAAAAAUUAAUAUAUUAACAGCAAUCCCGUAGAUGCCCCAUUUCAUGCUUAUAAGAAAGUGCACCCUUCUGUUCAUCACCACUGGUGCAGAAGCAAAUUAAGGAAAAUUGAUACAGAUAAAGAAAAAGUUCAAAAAAAGAAAAAAAAAAAAGAAGAAGAAGUCUUAAAAGAGAUGGCUGCAGGCCAAGAAGAAGUGAAGCUGUUUGGAGGUUGGUACAGUCCAUUUGUUUACAGGGUGGAGGUAGCAUUGAAGAUUAAAGGAAUUCCAUAUGAAGUUGUGGAAGAAGAUGUGACCAACAAGAGCAAGCUUCUUCUCAAGGUCAAUCCUGUGUACAAGAAGAUACCUGUGCUGUUCCAUAAUGGAAAAUCCAUUUGUGAAUCCCUCCUCAUCCUUGAGUACAUUGAUGAGACUUGGAAGCACAACCCUAUAUUACCUCAGGAUCCUUAUGAGAAGGCCAUGGCACGCUUUUGGGCUCACUUCUUCAACGACAAGUUUACUCGAGCUAUAAUGGUAAUUCUGACUGGUACCAUAGAAGAGCGAAAACAGAAGGAAGUAGAGAAGGCAAUGGCAGCACUGACAGUACUUGAAGGGCAGCUCAAGGCCAAGGGUAAGACAUUUUUUGGGGGUGACAGAAUUGGAUAUGUUGAUAUAGUGCUGGGUUGGAUCCCCAGAUGGGUAGGAGCUGUUGAGGAAAUUGCUAGUGUCAAAAUACAUGACCCUGAAAAAUUCCCUCUGAUAGAUAAAUGGAUGCUGAAUUUUGUCCAGAUCCCUGUCAUCAAAGAAACCUUGCCUCAACAUGACAAGCUGGUAAAAUUCCUUGGAAAAAUUCGCAGCACUAAAAUAGCUUUUGCUUCAGCUGUAGCUGUUUCUAGUAAGUUAUGAAGUAUGCUUGGGAAGUCCUUAUAUUUUUACAUGUCUUAAAUAUGUAGUUUGCUGAAUAAAUAAAUGCAUGUGAUUUAGCAUGCAAAUUGUUAUGUAUUAUCUUAAUUUGUGUAAUACUUGAAGUUUGAGUCUCC